UUGUUGGGUUUUCUUCAGCUGUGUCUGUGUCAUACUGCUGCCCAUCAAUAACCAGCCAUGAUGCUCCUCGCUGCUGCGUUCAGUGCGCUCCUCUGCUUCGCCCACAGCUCCCCUUUACAGAUGACUUUUGAAAAGACCAUUGAAAACUCUGGCAACAACAUUGAAGAUGACGAUAUCUCCACUCUGCUGGAAAAGGCCAACGCCAACCUUGGGAAGAACCUGGACGAGCCUCUGGUGAUGUUUGGAGACAUUGCGAUUCCUGCAGGUCUACGGAACGCUGAUCCCUGCACAGCCCGCGGCUGCAAGUGGCCAAAAAGCAAUGAUGGCAACGUUUAUGUUCCCUACCGAAUUUCCAAUCAGUACUCUCAAAGAGAAAGAGACGUCAUCGUCAGAGCUCUGAACUCUUUUCAAGCUUCUACCUGCAUCCGCUUCAGGCCCCGUCAAAGCGAAAGGGACUUUGUGGACAUCCAGUCUCGCUCUGGGUGCUUUUCAUUUAUUGGACGUACUGGUGGUGCCCAGGUUCUGUCCCUGAGUCGCCAGGGUUGUGUGUUCCACCAGAUCGUCCAGCAUGAGUUCCUCCACGCGCUGGGCUUCAACCAUGAGCAGACCCGGUCUGACAGGGACCAGCACGUCCAGAUCCUCCUGCAGAAUGUGAUCCGUGGAAUGGAGCAUAACUUCAGGAUUAUCAAUACCAACAACCUCAACACUCCCUAUGACUACAACUCUGUCAUGCACUAUGGAAGGUUUGCCUUUUCUAGAAACGGACAGCCCACCAUCAUUCCCAUCCCCAACCCCAACGCUGCCAUCGGAACAGCCAGGGAGAUGAGUGCCAACGACAUCCUGCGGGUGAACCGCCUCUAUGAGUGCAAUACAAGGGCUUCUAACCAGAAACCAUUUGUGCCAAGAUACCAGAUUUUUCAGAAAUAAAAGAGUCUAAGAAGCUGUCAUAAAGAACAUACAGAUGCAUCCUUGGCUUCCUGACCUGAAUCUGCUCCCAUAAGAUCUUCUAAGUGUUUGAUUAGCCUUUGUGCUGAAAUAAUAAUAAAUGAAACAACUGAGCAACACAUCCACACUCUCUUAUUUACAGAACUUCAGGAAUGAUUGCUUGCUUGAUGCAAAAUUUGAAAAAUAAAAGUAUGUUAUACCAUCUAAA